UGAAUAGGGAGCUUUACAAAGCGGCAAUAAGCGGCGACGAAGGGUACCUCAACGACGAAAAAAACAGGUACACAGAUAGUGAGUAUUUUGUGAGGCAAACAACCAUCCAAAACAAUAACAUUCUUCACUUAGCAAUCAGACAUAACAAGUAUGAUUUCAUAAAAGAAUUGAAGCUCUUAAUUAAGAUCUUCUCUAAUCCAGUGGAAAUCCAUAAACUAAGUAUUUCAAAGGAAUUACGAUGGGAACACACCUCUCCAUAUCGCGGCAGAGGUUGGUAACAUGAGUAAUUUAAAGCUACUUGUUGAAUAUGAGUCGGAGCAUUACAAAGACGAAGAAGCUUGCAUGUAUGGUCAAGUGGAACAACCGAAGCGGUCGUGGAUGGUGAAAAAUGACAAGGGUAACACACCACUACAUGUUGCACUUAUCCAUGGCAAAAUUGAUGUUACGUUGCUGAAUUUUUGGUGGAGCUUCAUCCUCAACUUCCUUGUGUUAUCAAUAAAUUAGCCUUCAUCUUGCAAUUAUCAAUCAUCAACCACUUGAUGAAAAGGAGGCAAUUAUAGGCACCAUAAGACUUCUCGCCUCUAAGCAAGGGGGACCUUUCACAAUAGAGGGGCUUCCACAGGUAGAGGACUUGUUGCCUAUAACAAAAUUGCUGCUAGAAAAACAGAGCUUUGUUUCGUGUUGGCGCGAUACAAAUGGGUUGACACCUCUUCUUACAGCAACAUUACUCAAAGCACCUCACGAUCUUUUGGUAGUUAAACUUAUUCUUAACUACUGCCCCCAGUCAGCUGAGGUAUGUGACCUUUCGGGGAAAACUGUCUUACACCAUCUUAACUGCAUAACAAGGUACAAAAAAGGCCAAGAAUUACUAAGAAUUCCAGAAAUAUAUGCCCUGGUAGAUUAUCAGGAUGAAGAUGGCAAUACACCUGCACAUGUAGCUGUGGGUAACAGGGACUUCACAUUGGUUCGAGUCCUCUUGGAAUUCUCAUCAAACUUUACGAUUAAGAAUAACAAGGGUAUAUCUGCUGCAGCAUUGCUUCAUCUACAAAAUGUCUUUGAAGAACCUGCAAUGUCUAAGGCUUUUAUGGAAGGGGUAUUGGAACUAACAGAAGAGGAACGUACAGCAGCAAGAAAGGCUAAUGUGCCCUUCCUUAGAGAAAGACUUGGCAUCGUAGGGAACAAUUUCUUACUAUCUCGAGCACCAGAUGGCACAAAUAUCCUCCAUCUAUUAAUGCAGGCACCAGCUUUUGAAAUCAAAUGUGUACAACGAGAAGUUGAAGAGUUCAUCAAGGAUGCUCUAGAAAUAUUUCCUUAUCUCAUCUGUCAAACAGAUCUUAACAACAAUAAUCCGGUUCAUGAAUUUGCAAGGCGCCAUGACUUCCCCUACUGGUCUUCAGUACUGGACCUAUACUAUGAUUAUUUCACAAGAUCUCAAAAAGAGGCGAGCACCAAUGAUGUACUUCUUUACCACUCACCGUUGCAGAUGAAGAAUGUACAAGGCAACAUGCCUCUCCACCUUGCAAUCUUAGCUGAACAAGUAUACUGUGCAAGAGCGUUGAUGGAGUUGGAUAACAGUGUUUUUGGGUACAUCAAUACUCGCAAGGAGACGCCUCUUCAUCUACUCUGCCAAUGUCAAGAAACUGCAGUUUGGUGCCCAAUGUAUGAAGAGUUGGCCAUGAAAGGAAUUGCUGCUGGCGCAGGUGUUAUGCAAGACAUAGAUGGUCUCACCCCUUUUCUGCGGGCAGCUGAAAAUCAUAAUUUUAACAUGAUUAAACUACUAUAUAGUAUAUACUCAUUGCAAAAAGUCAGCCCUUAUAAGAGACGCUAAUGGCAUGACAUUUUGGCACAUGCUUGUAAAGAAACCGCCCAAAAAUAGCAAGUGGCAUUAUGUUCAGCUCCAGAAAACAUUGAAAACUAUCCAUGAUGAAGGCGGUGAAGCAGUGGCUGAACUGAAGUUCGUGGAUAAUGAUGGAAACACAGCAUUGCAUCUAGCGCUUGAGAAUGGACAUUUUGGAUUAGCACAACUUUUCCUUGAUCCUGACUUAAUGUUCACUUCUCAAGAGGCCCUUCUAGCUCAAACAAACAAAAAGCUAGGGUGUCACACCUAGUGAUUUAAUUGGUUCAGUACAACAUCUUCCUCCCUAUUUUGAAAAGUUUCUGCGGAGGGAAGGUAUGUUGUUGGGUAGGCGAAGCUUGUAUGGCGUACCAACGGGUAAGAUAGAAGCGUAUACAAGCACAAUUGGAGUAACAGCAGCUCUUCUAGCAACGGUUACGUUCACAGCAGGAUUUACUGUACCAGGUGGAUUUAACCAAGACAAGGGAACUCCGAUUCUAAUGAGAAUGGCUGCAUUUCAAGUGUUUAUGGUAUCAAACUUGUUAGCAAUGUGUUUUUCUAUGAUGGUAUUAUUCUGUCUUCUUUGGGUUAUGACUACUGGACGUAAAAAGGAAUCAAUAAUGCUACUAGACGUGAGUGUA